AUGACUGUUUUCUCGUUUUUUAUAGUUUCUCUUUUAUUAUUCUUACAAUUAUUUAUUAGUUUCUGCGAUGGUGGCAAAUUAUUAUUAUCUGUUAUGGAUCAAGGAAGAUCUCAUGCAACAUCUUUUACUCCUUUAAUGCAUCGAUUACAAAAAGAUAAUCAUACAACAGCUCUUCAAUUUGCUAUUUUUCAAGAAGAUAUCGAUUUUGGAAUGGAGGAAAGAUUUAUUAAUAUGAGCGAUUUUGAUAAUCCAUUUUUCUCACCAAAUUUUGCGAGACUCGCUUUUGAUGAAGAAUAUAAUUUUAUUGAUCAAGCAAAAGGAAUGGGAUGUGGAAGUGUUACUUGUGGUCGAAUUUUGGAACAUCGAAGGAAAGAAUUUUUCAAGUUGGCAGAUGAAGAUUGGGAUUUUAUACUAACUGAUUCAUUAUUUUCUGCAUGUGGUUAUGGACUAGCAAAAGUUACUAAUAAACCACAUAUUAUGAUGCAUUCAACAGCGUUGGAGAGUGGAUUAGGAACUUUUAAAUCAUACGGUGCAAAUCAUGCGUUGGUUGUUCCAAAUCUUCUUCCUUAUGCUUUUCCAAAUUUCAAUGUUUCAUAUUUUCAUCAUCGCGCAUUAUCUGCUUAUGAUUGGAUGGGUCAAAUACUUUUUACGGUAUUCUUCGGAGAUAUCGCUCAAAAAUAUGCACUCCGAAGCAUUAUUCCGUUUCCAUGGUUCUCAUAUUAUGAUUAUAAUCGAGAAAGUGUAUUUUCUUUUACUGAUAUGCCUGAACAGCUUUAUCAACCAUUUCCAAGAACUAAUGAUGUGAGUUUUCGACAUUCAAACAAAGACGAAACAUUUGAUGUACUUUGAUAUUAUCAAAUGAGGGGAACCUGUUUUUAGAAUAACAAAUAACAACGUUUUAACGACUUUAGGUCAAAAGUUGUGAAAGUUUGUUAACCCCCUUUUUGCUUGAUAACUUUAAACGAAAAUUUGAAAUUUUCAGUAUUUUGCAUACGGUGCUUAUUGCAAAAGUAUAUCAGCUGAUCUUCCAACAAACAUCAAAAACUUUAUCGAAGAUCCAAAAUCAAAAGGAACAAUAAUAAUUGCUUUCGGAACCUUCAUUGAUUGGCGAACAGCUCCUCGAAAAAAAUAUGAAAUAUUUCGAAAUGUUGUUAACAAACUAUCAGAUUAUCGUGUUAUUUGGAGUAUGAGAGGAGAUCGACCAGAAGGACUUGGAGAACAUGUUUUGACUGCUGCUUGGAUUCCACAAAACGCAUUGUUACUUCACAACAAAACGAAGCUUUUUGUUAGUCACGGUGGUCUGAAAAGUGUGAAGGAGACAGUUUGUUCUGCAACUCCUACAGUUUUUAUGCCAAUGUUCGCAGAACAAAUGAGAAAUGCGUGGUUGGUCAAGGAAAAAGGUUUUGGGAAAAUUAUUAAUAAAUUCUAUUAUACUGAAAGAAGUUUGGAAACAAAUGUUCGGGAAAUUUUGAAGAAUCCAUAUUAUCAGGUAAUUUAAUGGAAUCUAGAGACUUACAAAGAAUCUUGUGUUUCUAGAAAUCUGCAUCAAAAUUCAAAUCGAUAUAUCUCGAUCAACCAAUUGCAAAUCUCGAUGAAGCUGCUUUCAAAUUCAAGAAACUUUUUGAUUAUAAUGGCAAACUUCCUAAUUAUUUUUAUUCUCGCGGUUUACAACUUUCAUAUUUCACAACUCUCAAUUUAGAUCUCUUAUUUGUUAUUCCAAUGUUCCUCGUUUAUAUUGUUUUCAAAAAAUGA